AUGCUUCUUAAUUUAGGUUUUCAAGGAGAAAGUAUUCUGGUUUUGCAGGACAAUCUCUCUCGGGGAAAUCUGGGUGCUGUGAAGGUUUUACAGGAAAUAUUUCCAGAACCCGGGAGGCUCCAGUUUAUUUAUGCAGACUUGGGGGAUGCAAAAGCUGUGAAUAAAAUAUUCUCUGAAAAUGCAUUUGAUGCUGUGAUGCAUUUUGCUGCUGUUGCAUAUGUUGGAGAAAGCACUCUUGAUCCCCUGAAGUAA